AUGACUGCUAUGGCCAGUAGCCCCAAAUGGGGUCAUAACUGGCCACCAAUGGCAAUGGCAUUGGCCAUUGUUUUGAUUUCCACUACGGUAGUUUCUGCUGCUGCAGAUAGUUAUAUUUACUCUUCACCUCCACCACCUUAUGAGUACAAGUCACCACCACCACCGUCACCUUCACCGCCACCACCUUAUGUGUACAAGUCACCCCCUCCUCCACCAUAUGAGCACAAGGCUCCAUCUUAUGUCUACAAAUCACCACCGCCUCCUUAUGUUUACAAGUCACCACCUCCACCAUCCCCAUCACCACCUCCUCCAUACAUUUACAAGUCUCCACCACCACCAUCAUACGAGCACAAGGCUCCAUCAUAUGUAUACAAGUCACCACCUCCUCCAUCUACAUCACCACCACCUCCUUAUGUAUAUAAGUCACCACCUCCUCCAUCUCCAUCACCCCCGCCACCAUACUAUUACAAGAGUCCUCCACCACCUUCUCCUUCACCUCCGCCUCCUUACUACUACAAAUCUCCUCCACCACCAUCACCUUCACCUCCCCCACCAUACUAUUACAAGUCUCCACCACCACCAUCUUCCUCACCACCACCUCCAUAUUACUACAAAUCUCCCCCACCACCCUCACCCUCCCCUCCCCCACCAUACUACUACAAGUCUCCUCCACCACCACAUAUACACAAGGACCCACCAUACUACUACAAGUCCCCACCACCACCUUCUCCAUCUCCUCCUCCAUCCUACUUCUACAAAUCUCCCCCACCACCUUCACCAUCUCCACCACCACCAUACUACUACAAAUCUCCUCCUCCUCCAUCUCCUAUUCCCCAUACCCCAUACUACUACAAAUCUCCUCCUCCAUCUCCUAUUCCACAUACUCCAUAUUACUACAAGUCCCCACCACCGCCCAAGGUCCUUCCACCAACAUACUAUUAUAACUCUCCCCCUCCACCUGUUGCAUAUCCUCACCCUCAUCCCUACCCCCACUCAUUAAUUGUGAAGGUAGUCGGUAAAGUCUACAGCUUCAGGUGCUAUGAUUGGGAGUAUCCAGAAAAAUCUCAUGACAAGAAACAUCUCAAAGGUGCUGUUGUUGAGGUGACAUGCAAAGCUGGGAGCAAAAUCAUUAAGGCUUAUGGUAAAACUAAGAUCAAUGGAAAGUACAGCAUCACAGUUGAGGACUUUGACUAUGUCAAAUAUGGUUCCACAGUGUGCAAGGCCGCCCUUUAUGCUCCACCUAGAGGCUCCCCCUUUAAAAUACCUACUAAGCUAAACGAAGGAACUAAAUUGUACUUGUAUUCCAAAGACAAGUAUGAGGUUGUAAUUAAGGCUAAGCCAUUUGCUUAUGCUUCAAAGAAACAUUUUAAAGAAUGUGAGAAGCCCAAGCCUUCACCAACUCCAUACAACUACAAAUCACCUCCACCUCCCACACCAGUUUAUACGUACAAAUCGCCACCUCCACCGAUCCAUUAUUAUUCACCUCCAUAUUACUACAAAUCACGUCCACCUCCCGUGAAAUCGCCACAUACUCCUUACUACUACAAAUCACCUCCACCUCCUUCACCAGAUUACAAGUACAACUCACCACCUCCACUAGUUUACAAGUACAAGUCGCCUCCUCCCCCAGUCCAUUAUCCCUCACCGGUUUACAAGUACAACUCACCACCUCCACCGGUUUACAAGUACAAGUCGCCUCCUCCCCCAGUCCAUUAUCCCUCACCGGUUUACAAGUACAACUCACCACCUCCACCGGUUUACAAGUACAAGUCGCCUCCUCCCCCGGUCCAUUAUCCCUCACCAGUUUACAAGUACAACUCACCACCUCCACCGGUUUACAAGUACAAGUCACCUCCUCCCCCGGUUCAUUAUCCCUCACCAGUUUACAAGUACAACUCACCACCUCCCCCAAUCCAUUAUUAUUCUCCUCCAUAUUCCUACAAGUCACCUCCACCUCCCUCUCCGAGUUACAAAUACAACUCACCACCUCCACCGGCCCAUCAUGAUUCUCCCCCAUAUUACUACAAGUCACCUCCACCCCCCUCGCCGGUUUACAAGUACAACUCUCCACCUCCACCGGUUUACAAGUAUAAAUCGCCUCCUCCCCCAGUCCAUUAUCCCUCACCGGUUUACAAGUACAACUCACCACCUCCCCCAGUCCAUUAUUAUUCUCCUCCAUAUUACUACAAGUCACCUCCACCUCCCUCUCCGGUUUACAAAUACAACUCACCACCUCCACCAGUCCAUCAUGAUUCUCCCCCAUAUUACUACAAAUCACCUCCGCCCCCAUCACCGAUUUACAAGUACAACUCACCACCUCCCCCAGUUUACAAAUACAAGUCACCUCCUCCACCAGUCCAUUAUCCCUCACCGAUUUACAAGUACAACUCGCCACCACCUCCAUAUUAUUACAAGUCCCCACCUCCACCAUCCCCAUCCCCUCCUCCACCAUACUAUUAUAAGUCACCACCUCCACCAUCACCAUCCCCUCCCCCACCUUACUAUUACAAAUCUCCUCCACCACCAUCACCAUCACCACCACCUCCCUACUAUUACAAAUCUCCACCACCUCCAUCACCAUCUCCACCACCUCCCUACUAUUACAAAUCACCUCCACCACCCUCACCAUCACCGCCAUCUCCUUACUAUUACAAAUCUCCCCCACCUCCAUCUCCAUCUCCACCACCUCCUUAUAGCUAUCAAAGUCCUCCUCCACCAUCUCCCAUUUCUCACCCUCCUUACUACUACAAAUCCCCACCACCACCAUCGCCAUCUCCUCCACCUCCUUACCACUAUGUAAGUCCUCCCCCACCAGUAAAGUCACCUCCACCGCCAGGUUAUAUCUAUGCUUCUCCACCACCACCGAUCUACGAUUAG